AUGUCAUACUGCAUUCUCUUUUCUUUAGCUUUUGGCAUCCUUAGCAGCCUAAUGCUGAGGGAGGUUACCUCUCUUAGAUGGCCACGGCCAGGUGACAGCGAUCCUCAUAGAUUUACAUGGGGGCAAUUUCCAGCGAAUGCUCAAGAUGUUCCAAGGAGUUUGGAGAUAGAAGACUUCAGUCUCAACAUAGCCCCUACCAGUGGUCGCGUGAUCUCUCCUACCAUCCUUCGACUUCACCCAAUAAUGCCGAAACCAUCUCACCUGCACGCUAACCUGCCGUUGCGCUUCGGGCGAGACUCGCAGGCGAAUGCAGGUGACCGCGCUCCCAAGUCCACCAUCAACCUCCCGCAACGGUUCGGCCGGUCCUGCAUAAUGUGUGUGCGUUCAGGGACUGGACCUUCAUCCACCCUCCCGCAAAGGUUCGGAAGACAUAACUUAUUUACUGUGGAACCUUUUCGCACCUUGAGACUGCUUACACGUUCACCUGAAAUACCAUUUCCAAAAGACAGGUCUCAAGUCAAUGACUACAUGAUUGAAACAGAAGACUCAGAGUUAUCCUCUGAUGCAAACUACAAAAGUUUUAAAUGA